GGCCGCCACCAGCUAAAAAGGCCAUUCUACGAGACGACAAGCAGGUCGUUAAGACAAGUGCGCCGUCGAUUGAUAGAGGCGCAUCAAGUGGCAAGUCUGAUUCGAAGACAAGCAGUGGUGGAGAUGAUGAUGAGGUUGGCAGAGGACAUCAGAUUCCGAGCAUCAUAGACGAUCAAGGCGGACCAAGGACCAGGACCAUGGUUUCGACGAAAUCCUCAUCAACCGCGACGACUAGCAGCACUAGGAUGAAGAGUGCAGAACUGUCCAACAAUUGGGAGGGAGCGAACGCACCACCACCGUAUAGAACGCGGCCGAGCGGUUCAUCCGCUGCGCAGAUUCUUGCGCCGCGCCUUUCUUCAGCGCAAGGCAUUGCGGACAGCGGCAGCGAUUUGCAAAGUAGCAGCAAAAGUAGUUUCGAAGACAUCAAGCCGGAGGAUGGAGGAGGAACAAGCACGGCUGAAACUAACACAUCUUUAACCGGUCCGUCUACCUCUAAGGUUGUGAAGAAGCGCGUUACUUUUCCCGCAGGGGGAGACAUAGAGGAGGUCGAAGGCGUGAAGCCAAUGGCUUGGUCUGCGCGAGAUCAAGAGGCCGCCAUCGAAGUUGCUGCUCGCGCUGCGCGCGCAGCGGCAGUAGAGCAGGCAGGCGAGUCUCCAACAAGUCGCGCUUUGGCUGCUAUCGCAUCUUUUGCUCCGCCUCGGUCUCUGUCUCCUCCGCAGCGGUCUCCGCAGAAACUGGUCUUAGAGCGAACGAGAUUUCCAAUGUUUGAGGGGGUACAUCGGAGUCCACACGUCCUCGGAGAUAAGCUAAGCAGCGAGGAAACCUUUGACCUAGACAAAGCCUUGGAGUUCUCUGGAGAUCUUCACACAUCCACGUCCCGAGACCUAUCGCCUGUCCUGAGAUCGAUUGCACAAUCGUCGAGGCAUGUUAAUCGGGACUUUGGGUACGACGCAGGCAAGAGCAAAGCCAACCUUGAUCUCGGGAUCGAUCUAGGCGAUUACGUUAGAGCCGCGCGAGAAGAAUUGACCACUGCAGCAUCUGCUUCAAGUGGACGCUCUACAAAGCGAGGUAUCCAUAGUUGUACUACGUACAGAUGAUGUACUUGAUUAUGAAUGAUAGCAAGGAACUUGUCCUUGUCAUCGCAUCUUCUCUAUCAUCGUAUGAGAAAUCAACGAACAACAACAAGCUCAAUAAUUCAAAUUCUUCUUGUUUCCAAGAAUGAUUCAAUUAUUCCUCUGUUCCAGCUGCGAACAAGCCGAAGGUGAGCAGGCAGUUGUCCCUAUAUGACGUGCUAGAGAAUCUUCGAGCCUUGACGACAAGUGUCAAGGCCAGUUUGUCCGAGGAAGAGUCAAGGCGCAGAGCUCAGGACGCAGGAUUGGGUGCAGCGCCUUCGCUGUUUUCCUUCUACAACGAGGAGGCGGGAGGUAGUCAGGCGAGCGCGGCGCACGUGGACCUUUUGCCGGAGCAAUCGAAGAAUGCGCGAGACUGUGUGAACCUCGAUGAGAAGGCAGGGGCACUUUUGCAACAAGCUUCCUUAGUCUUGGGGCUAUCCGAUUUCAUGCGAAAACUGUCGAAACUUGUCCCACAGGAGGAUCUUUUUGUAAAGAAAGGGGGCACGGGUAACACCGACAGCGAGAACAGCAGCAGCUCGGAGCAGGAGGAAAACGCUGGGGGUGAGGACUCUCGAAUGUCUACAAUAGACUUCGAGAAAAUCGUACGGCUUGUACGAGACGCCUUGGAUCGUAAUAGAGCUCUGACCGAGGAAUUUGAGAAGCAAGCGAGCCAAAUUCGGAACGCGAUGCUUGAUUUGGUGCCUAGUAACCGGCACAGGACUGAGUUAGAAGAAAAAUGGGACCGAGCGCAACCCCGACCGCGUUCAUAUCGAGACCCCUCCUCAGCAGCGAUUGUCUUAACCGGUCCAAUCCAACAACCGACGGCGGAGGAAUUGAUCCACUUUCGGCAGCAGCAAGUGCACGACGUGCUCGAUCUUCUCACAGAGCUCCAUCGUGCCAAGAUGAGCGCGCACCAGUGCUUCUACGACGUUUUGCCUGCAACCGAAAAGCGCAAAUUGUAUGCCCAUCUCUCUGUGGAGGAUCGACGGAGCAUUACGAACACCCUUAGUACGUGGGAAUUCGCGGAGUUACAGAAGACGGGAGUGGUCGCGGUGCAGGACGGCAAAGAGAUUCCACCCACGCUGGUGGCACAGGUUUUGACGAGUUUUGUCCAACGAACAUGCUUCAAUCUCGCCAAGGACGUGGCGGGCAAAUUGCCAGAUGAAUACAUCAGUCCGACGGAGCGUGAGGCGCUUUCGCGUGGCGCUUUGGAAAUUCUGCAGGAAAAGGUGCUGCCGAAGUUAGUCCGCCGCGCAGACGCGUGUCGCGAGCUAGAAUUGCUCGUCCUGCACGGAGGCUUGUUGUCGCGACAGGGCACAUCUGCGGUGAACCAGGAGUUGGUCAAGUUUCAGGUUUCGAGUGGGAUGAUGCCAGGAGACGCGGAAUCUGGUGACCUCGACAAUCUUGAUCCGCUUACUAGCGACGAGAAAGACGGGCCGCUGUCGGCACAGCAGAUGUACCAGAGCGAGCAAAUAACACGACGUAAAGCUCGACUGAUUCUGCGUCGCGCCGCAGACGAGGCGAAGGACACGUCGGUUGUGAAAGAUAGGUUGUUGGCAUUACUGGAUCCGCACACGCGAAGUAUGGUUGCAGAGGAGCACGCACCGUCUCUUCUUGAUAUCGUCGACGCACUCGAGAAAUCGAGGAAGGGUACUUCGAAACUCUUUUCGAAGAUAAUUACCUUCUUAGUUGUAGUACACAAAGCUGUAGCAGUAGCUGUACUGCAUGUAGAUCAUGAUGAAGAUCGUCCUCCAUACAUAGAUUUAUUGUGAAAUUUACAAAACUUCAGCCAAGCAGCAUGAAACUUCGACUGUGGCUGAGGAGAAGAAGCGUGUGGCGGAGAUAAGCGCCCGGAGACAGCAGAAAAUCGAGUUACUCGAAAACGAGAUGCAAAAGAUGCGUAUCGACCUCCAAGCCAGCGCGCAGAAGAUCGCACAGCUCGAGGUGGAGGUCGAGGCUCGAGAGAACGUUGUCCACUCAGCUUUGAAGCGUGAGAGGGAAGAGAAAUUUGAGCUGCAAAUGCGGCUUCGCAAAGAGCGAGCGGAGCAUGUGGAGUUCAAGACGAAGAGCAACAAGUUGCUAGACACGCUGAAUGCCGCCAACUUGGAGUUGUCGGGGCGGCAGCAGCGUGCGAGCGAGCACAUCGACGCCGCGGAAGAGCUCAGACGAAAGCUGCGGGAGGACGAGGAGCGGAGUCGGGAAGUACGAAUGGCAUACGGUGAUGAGGAGCCUGAGGACCCGAGAGACCGAGUCAGCAUACCUGCUGAAGAAACGACUCUCCAUGACCAAGAACGCAAUAGUUCAAAAAUCUCAAGCGGGCCUCCAGGUUCAGAAAGUGAAAGAAUGGUGAAAAGUACAUCUUCAUCAAAAGAUAGCGGAGCUGCAGCAUCUACUAGCGGAGGAGAGAACACAACUGUGACGCAGUUCGUGAGAGAUACAACUUGAGUCAGUCUUCCUAGUUCUAGGGCGCGUCACAAGUCGUCGCGUAUGUGCAUGUGCAUUUCUUGUAUUUAAGUAGGUACGCAAAUUAGAGUUCUAGUUCUUUGUCUUUCUUGUCAUCAAAUGCUCAGUUUAUCGAGUCUGUCAGUACGUUUAUCGAGUGUCCCUCUAUCGUUAUCAUUUACCUUCCUCGCAUGUGCAUCAUUAUCAUCAAUGGUCCGCUCCUGAGGGGACCAUGAUCGAGCUUGUGUUUAACACGUAAAUUCCAGAAGAUUUCCAAACUGUGAAAGUAUCAAACUUGCAUUGAAUGUAUCUUGUACUUGAAGAAGCUAUAAACAGCGAUGAUCUGCAUCUUAACACUUUCCUAGCGCAUAAUACCACUGUCAUAGGAUUAUCAUCUCAAAAACGAACUGGCAUGGCAAUAUACAAGAUUCCAGUAGAUCGUUGCAUAAGGCGAUGAGUCACCAUGAUGACGUCGAAGACAGGAGUUCGAAGAAAAGACAAGUUCCACAAACUUACACUCUUCAUUGACGACGCAAC